CAAGCCCAAGCUGUGUUGCUGUGAUGCUGUCAUUGUCAUCUGGUGGUGUAUAUCUGGAAAUUUCAUGUUUAAUUAUUUUAUUUACUCUUCAAUGCUAGUUUAUUGCAAACUCUUAGUGAUUUAAGACGAAGCCUGUUAUUCUUAAAAAUAUAGUGACAAUGUCUGUUGUCGAGUUUCUUAAGGAUUUACCAUCGUACGAUGAGCAAAACUUCACAUUAUUCAACACAGAUCAUGGGAUAAGAAAUUGUUCGAAACGGCCCUCUAUCUAUCUUCCUACAAAAGAGAUACCUUCAGAACAAAUUAUUGUAACAGAAAAGACUAAUAUUUUACUAAGAUACUUACAUCAACAAUGGGAAAAGAAGAACAAUAACUCUCCCAAAAAGCGUGAUCAGAGUCAUGUCGAGCAGAAUGGUGACGAGGCAAGACCUCGCAAACGACCUUGUAUCAACUCCCCUGUCAACUGAUGCCCUGGCCCCCAUGUGUGUGAUCAAGUUACUAUAGAUUGUGUUGAGUUGUGAACAGUAUGGGAAAAUAACACAAAUUUUAGAUACAUACAAACAGUCUUUUGUAUUAUUAUUACUGAACAUUUCAUUGAAAUGUAUUAUUUACAGCAUUCACACACUAUUUAGACCAUAUUGGUCAGCACUGAGGUGCUUAAUUUUUCCGGUUUAUAGGAAUUGUAUAAGCAACUCACUUUGCUUAGUAUUUUUGUAUCAGAAAUGUAGUUACACAUUUACUUUAAAAUUUGCAUGGUCUUUCUUGGUCUCUUCUAUGGUAAUUUUCUGUGCCAUUACAAUUAGAUGUGAAUCUAAAAGUAUUGUAAGUUAAGGUCCUUCUAUCUUAUCCUAGAAUAUCUUGUUUGUUUAAAGUACCUUUGUAAUUUGUACUUAGUAAUUUCAGUUUUUCAUUCCAUAUUAAAUUGAAGUUGUAAGUUAAAUUAGUCAUAAGAUUUGCAGAAAAAUAUCCAGCUAUUACUAUAUUGGCAUUAUGCAUAAAUCGCAAUAUAAAUGUGUUCCCUAAGUGCUUCAAUAUGAUAAGAUUAUUUCAGAACUUUACUGUUAACUUACUACUGAAAUUGGUAAUGGUAAAUUAGAAUAACCCUUUAUUUAUGAUUAUAUUCACUUAUGAAAAAUAA